AUGGAUAAAUUUUCCUUAACUGACGAAGAUACCAAUUAUAAAACUGAAAUUUCUUCGAAUUCUUUAGAAAAUAAUUAUGAUACAUAUAAAAAUUGUGAUAGAAAUUUAAAUAAAAAUAUAUCUGAAAAUGAGUCUUUCCCAGUUGAUAAUAAAAAAGCAUAUAAAUGCAUUAGUUGCAGCAGAACAGUGGAUGAUGUUUUAGUUUUAUCUUGCAAGCAUUUAAUGUGCCUUGUGUGUGCUAGUUUACAAUUACAAGAAAAAUAUGAGAAAAUUUUGAAAAAAUGCUCAAAAGAAAAAAAAGUAAACAUAUUAGAAAAUCAUAACAUAAAUGAAUGUUUUAUUAAUCCUAAAGAUACGAAAAAAGCUAUUAAUGAUGAUAAAAUAGAUGGUGUAUUUAAAAAAGAAAAAUUAGGCUAUAUUACAUGCUUUUUAUGUGAUAUCAAAAAUAAACUUACCAUAGAAACAAUUGAAGUAUUAACAAAAAUAGGUUUAAUUUCUUCUGAUGUUUUAAAUGUUCAUACUAUUUUCUUUAAUUCAGAUAAAGAUACACAAAAUAAAAACAAUGAAAUUAAAGAAGAAUAUAUAAAAAAAAUGGCAAUACAAUUAAAUGAUACUUUAAAUAGUGAUUGCUUGAAAAAUGAAAAUUUAAAAAAAUUAUUGAUAUCAAGUAAAAAGUAUAAUUAUAUAGAUGAGCAAAUUGAUGAUUUAAAUAAAUAUUCAUAUAUUUGUAAUAUUUGUUCAUAUAAUGAAGCCGUAAUAUACUGCAAAGAUUGUGUAGAAUAUUUAUGUAAAGAAUGUUGUAAUAAUAUUCAUGAAUUAGAUAUAUUAAAAAAGUUAAAAAUGAAAAAUUAUAAAACUCAUGAUUAUUAUGAUAUCGAUAAAAAUGUUAUUAAUCUUAAGAAAAUAGUUAAAGAACCAAAGAAAGUUUUAAAAAUAACACAGGAAGAUAUAGAGAUAAUUAGUGAUACGAAUGAAGAAAGUUUUCAUGAAAAAGAUUUAGGAAGUAAUUGUAAGAUUUAUGAUGAUGAAUCAGAUUUUGAUAAUUAUGAUGAAAAGCAUUUUUAUGAAAGACAAAAACGAUUUAUUGAGAAAGAAGAAAAAAAAAAAAAAAAUAUAAAUAUUUCAAAUAAUCUGAAUAAUUUAGUACAAAAUAUGAAAAAUGAGAGUAAUUUUGAGAGUGAUAAUUCUUCUAUUAAAGGAACAAUUGGAUCAACUUGUGUAACAAAUGAAAAUUCAGUAAAUAUAAAAAAAAAAAAAAAAAAAAGGAAAAUGAUGAAGAAAAUAUAUAAAAAAUUAAAUAAUGAAAGCAAUAUUUUACAAAUAAAAAAAAAUAAGGAAAAAGGAAAUUAUCUAAAUAAUGAUAAUGAAAAAAAGGGAGAUAUAUAUUGUUUGACAAGCAAAAGUGAAUUUACUGGUUCAAGUGAUGAAUCCAUGUAUUAUAGUAAUUCAGACAAGGAGAUAGGUAUAACAAAUAUAAAGAAUAUUUUAGAUAAUAAUUUAGAAAAACCAAAUGAAAAUCCUGUUAAUAGUAAAGAUUUCACAUCAAUACAAAAUAUUAGAUGUCAUCAACACUUUAAUUAUCCAAUACAUUACUUUUGUCACACUUGUUGUACUAAAUGUUUUUGUUCUGAGUGUGCAAUAAAUGGGACUCAUACUAAUAACUGUAAUAUUGAAAAUAUAAAUAAUGCUUUUAUAACAAUUUUAAAUAAAUACUUAAUCAAAUGGAAUGAAAUAAUAAGUGAUUUAAUAAACGAUUUAGAUAGAAAUUUUUAUGAAUCCCUUGAAGAUACUAAAAACGAAUGGUCAUUAUUAUUAAGUGAAUGUUAUUGUGAUUUGAAUAGUAAAGUAAGUUACAUAGUUAAUAAUUUAUCUAAAAAAGAAAAAGAAAUAUUUCAACAGUUCGAUUCUUAUAUGGAAAAUUUCAAAAAAGAAAAUUUGGAAUAUAUUGAUCUUUUAUAUUCAAAAUAUGAAGACAUUGAAAAAACAAUAAAAAUGAUUAGAGAUAACAAAUUUCAAAAUAAUCCAAUUAAUAUCAUUAAAUUUUAUCAAAAAAAUAUAAAUUUUAUAGAUAAAACUAUGUUAUUAAACAAUGAUUUUAAACCAAUAGAAAAUCUAUCAAAAAUUAGAGAAAGUAAAAUUUUUUAUAUGGACUUAUAUGCUUCUCAAAUAAUGAGUUAUUUAAGAUUUUUACAAUCCUUUUUAAAUCAGAGUAGUUUAAUAAGUUCAUCGUAA